GAGUAGUGUUGCUGCCGUUGCUAGGACAUAGCGAGAGGGGGAAAAAAAAUCUUUUUCUCCCUCCGUUUUCUUCCAAACAAUGCAAGAAAAAAAAGUGACAGCCACAUCCAGCGCGCGUUCUUAAAGCUUUUCCAGAAGAAGUUUCAUCAUUUUCCCCCCUCCAUGUCUCCCGUGUGUUAGCAGAGAGAGGAAAAUAAGACUGGGAGGGGGUGGGAGGAUGGCUUUGGACCUUCAUUAGGGACCAGUCCUUCGGAUCCUAUCGACUCUGUCUCGGCGUCACUUUAAUGUGGGAAUUUUAACGCUGACUGACAGGGACUGGCAGUUUCCAUGGGGCUGUUUGUCCACCCAGACUUCGGAUUACAUGUUCAUUUAGAACUACAAUCGCUGCAGGAUCCUGGAACGUUUUUACAGUGUCCAGAUAUGGAAGUCAAGGUCAUCUCAAGAAGCCAGCCAAUCAGAAACUGUGUAGGGAUGCUGUAAAGCCAGGUGAAUCUGGGAAGGUGGCUGAAUGUUAAAGAUGGCAACUCAAUACAACAAUGAACUGAAAUGUGUUAGCGUAGAGUGGGACUUCCUUCAAGGACUGCUCGUAAAGAACCAACCAGUCCCUUGUUUGCAAGCCCUUCGGAAGGAGAAGUCUCGCAAUGCUGCUCGCUUUCGACGGGGGAAAGAAAACUUUGAGUUCUACGAAUUGGCGAAGAUGCUUCCACUCCCGGGAGCUAUCACCAGCCAGCUGGACAAGGCCUCCAUCAUCCGGUUGACCAUCAGCUACCUCCGGAUGAGGGACUUUGCCAAUCUGGGGGAUCCCCCAUGGAACCUGAGGAUUGAGGGGCCCCCACCUAACAUCUCUGUAAAAGCAAUAGGAUCCCAACAGAGGAGAAGUUCCACUUCCUUGGCCAUUGAGUUAUUUGAACAGCACUUAGGAGGACACAUCCUACAGUCCUUGGAUGGUUUUAUUUUUGCACUAAAUCGAGAAGGGAAAUUUUUGUACAUCUCUGAAACUGUCUCCAUCUACCUGGGACUGUCGCAGGUGGAACUGACGGGUAGCAGCAUCUUUGAUUACAUUCACCCUGGGGAUCAUGUGGAGGUGGCAGAGCAGUUGGGACUGAAACUACCAAGCGGCCGAGGGCACAGCUCGCAAACCUCCAAUGAGGACGGGGCAAGCUCAACAUCUUCCUCCUCACUGGCUGAGACACCUGAGUCAGGUAAGGCAGACUCUGGGAGUCCCAGUCUCCUGGGUGAUGAUAAUGUGUUGGAGCGCACAUUCUUCAUUCGCAUGAAGUCAACACUGACCAAGCGAGGGGUUCAUGUCAAAUCUUCAGGAUACAAGGUUAUCCAUGUCACAGGGCGCUUGCGAUCUCGGAUUUCAUUGCCUCACGCUCGUGCUGUUCCCACCAGCUUCAUGGGAAUGGUGGCUCUCGCCCACACACUCCCGCCUUCCACCAUUAAUGAGGUUCGGAUUGAGUGCCACAUGUUUGUCUCCAGGGUCAGUCUGGAUCUGCAGAUCAUCUACUGUGAAAACAGGAUCUCCGAUUACAUGGACCUAUCUACCACUGAUGUUGUAGGGAAAAACUGUUAUCACUUCAUUCAUGCUGAGGAUGUUGAAGGAAUCAGGCAUAGCCACCUGGACUUGUUAAACAAGGGGCAGGUGGUCACCAAGUAUUAUCGCUGGAUGCAAAAGAACGGAGGUUACAUGUGGGUGCAGUCCAGUGCAACCAUCUCGAUCAAUGUCAAGAAUGGAAACGAGAAGAACAUCAUCUGGGUCAACCAUGUGCUGAGCAAACCAGAGCACCGAAAUACUCCAAUGGACAUCUCCCAGCUUCCAUUGUCAGCCAUUAAAUCUUCCAAGCAACUGGAGUUGUCGGAUUCGGAAUCUGAUUCCCGAGAACACUUAGAAAGGGACAAUCCAAAAGACACUGGUAAGCGAAGCAAUUAUGAGAAGUUGGCAGCACCUCGCUCAGAAGGCUGGAAACGAUCAGUGAGCCAAUCAGAGGAAGAGUUGACUUCAGCCAAGGACGACAGUGACUCCAGCCUGCCAGAUGACUCGGACAGUGAGGGGCCGAGCACCGGGCGGAGGAGCUUUGUCCUGUCCAAGGUCAAGCGCAUGAAGGUCGAGGGGGAUGGCGAGGUGCGGCCGGUGGUGCGCGAGCCCCGGAGCUCCCUCCCCAGUGGCGGUGAUGGGGACACUGAUAGCUCGGAGGAUGAGAGCAGCGGCCUGGCCAGCAAGCCCCAGUACCUAAAGAGGAAGAGGAGGCCUCGCGAGAGCUCGGCCGCGAGGGCCAAGUCAUCAGACUCACCGAGCCCUGGUGCCUCCAACUUUGGCAGUGGAGGUGGCGGAGGUCGGGCCCCGUCCAAACCCGCACCCGAUCGCAUCUCUCCCCUCAAGAUCAAAACUGAAGCCAUUCAGCCCGUCAACUUCGACAACAACAGCGCCAUCUGGAACUUUCCGCCCAACCGUGAAGUCAUGAGGAGCGAGCUGCCUUACCGCUUGGCGACCUCUGAGCACUUUCACCCGGUGCCAGCUCUUCACGUGGCUAUCCCGGAUUCCGUGCUGACACCCCCAGGGGGCGCUGAUGCCAGUGGUGGGCAGAAGACUCCAUUUAGCAGCCCCGCCACGCCGCCCCCUGCAGCCCGGUCUGUCCUGGCAGCAGGAACAGGGACAGGGGGGUCAUCGGACGCCCUGUCGCCUCCACUGUCAGGCUCCCCCCGGGAGGACAAGGCCCAGGCAGCGGCCUACGCACGUGAGCUUGAGAUGGUGCACCAGCGGCGGCUGCACGCGGUGCUGCCGUUGGUGACCCCUCAUCCUGUGAGUGGAGCCAGCCCUUCCCCUUCCCCCUCCUCCUCCGUCGUCGUCGGUGGUAGCAGCAGCGGCCCCCCGCCUCAGGGCCUCUACACCACCAGCACCAUCCGCUAUGCGCCAGCCGACGUCGCCUUGGCCAUGCAGGGCAACCUGCUGCCGGCUGCCGCUGCCAUCAACUUUGUGGACCUCAAUGCCUCUGCCUUUGGCAGCGGUGGUGGCAGUGCCGCUGACUCGAAAGCCCAAGUGGAGAUGAUCUACCAUCACGUCCAGCGGCUCAAUAUGGCGGGGCCCUUCGCCAGCCCCGUCGGCGCAGCUGGCUUGACCCAGGUGCCAGCGGGAAGUGUCUUCACGACGGCUGAGGCCCUGCUCUCCACGCUUCCCUUCCCCAUGAACACGGGCAGUAUCCAUGCCCCCCAGACUCUGGAACGCAAGGAAGAUUGACCUCUUUUGACUCUGCACCCUUGGGCGGCUUCUCUUGAGUGUGAGAAAGGGACAAUCUCCUACAUCCUUGAAAAAAACUAGGCUCAAAGUUGACCCCCACCGGCCCUCCAUUUUUUAUUUGUUUUGCUCUGGAGACAAUUGAUCUUGGUUCUUUUUUUUCCCAAUUAUUUUAACUUUCUUUUUAACCAAUCUCUUCAAAUCCCAUUGAGCAAAAGCACUUAUUUUUCUUUUGGCUCUUGGAAGGAGAGUCCAAUCGAAGAUGGACAGAAGUCCAAGGCAUCGCCGCUGACCAGACAGAGCGCCAAUGGGUGCCAUCACUUCCAUGACCCCAUGACCCCAAGGAAGUUGGUGGGGGGGGAAAUCCUGUUGGAUGGAGGGUGGGAUGGGGCAGGUGUGUCUCAGUCUGGGCCGUAAAGCUCUGACUUUGCCAUCCCCCUCCUCUCUGCGCCACUUGAGCACAAAGCUGACAGUCACAGGGAGAGCAAGAGAGUGACCAAGCAAAACUUGUAGCAAACGUUUUGGGCCUGUGUCCUCAGACCUUGCCCGCUCGUCAUCCACCUUGGGCCUGUGGCCUGAGCCUCGUCUAGUCAUUGUCCAUUUGGCCCUGCUGUGUGUAUACUGUACAGUCAGUCGGUAAAGAUUGUAAAAAGGGAAAUUGAAAUGAAAUGUCUCUCCCUGGGACGGAUGGGAGGAUUGCAAAUAAGGCUUGACCCAGUGGUGUGAAAAUGGCUAUUAUGGUGUCUUGUUGUAAUUGGUAUUUGAGACGUUUUUGGGACAGACCGGUACCUUUUUUGGGAAAUGUGCACUGUCUUUAACACCGGUUCAUGAUUCCAGCCUAUCCCUCACCAGUCGGUAUCAAUCCUUGGGAGGGAAAUGGGCUGGGGUAGGUGAGGGUUAGGCAACUGAGGAGUUAGGUGUAAAGGUUUGGAUGUGGGGAGAAAAGGAGUCACUUAAACACUUAUAGUGGAGGCUUUUCAUGUUAAACCAUUGUGGGUGUGCAUCAUGACCCGGACAUUGAUGGCUUAUCUCAUGUCUACAUCUCUCCCCAUCAGUGCCACAAAUUUCAGAAGACAUCCUUUUCUCCCAGCAGACAGAAGGUGAUGCAGGGGAUUUAACUGGUGUUUUUCCCUCCCUUUAAUCAUUUUGAGGUAACAGUACUGGUGAAGAUUGGCAUACCCUUCAAGUGGCAAUGCCACGAUCGAUCCAUGUCAUCUGUUAUUGACUCACGCAGAGGGAAGGUGAGCAAUCCAGGUUUCGCCAUACACUCAAUUGCCAGUCUGGGGUUGUUACUUAGGACCCUUGGUUGGGGGAGGAGCAGGUGUGUAGGGCAGACAGGAUGGAGUCACACAUUAAGCGCUGGCACUUGGGCGUCAAGCACAUUUGUGAGUUUCUAGUUUUAGUAAAGAUUUAAAAGUGAAGGAGGGGAUUAAGGAUCACCGUAAUGACGUGAAAUUGACAUUGGGGAUUAACCCUGAGGUUGGUUUGUCAGAAUCUUGGGCAAAAAGACCAAGAGGGCAUUUGGAACAAGUUUGGACUCGUGAUAAAGUUGUUCUUACCAAUCAGUUGCUCAUUCCAUGCUGGAAAGAAACACAUGAGAGAGGGAUUAAGAGAGAGUUGGCCGUGGAAGGGGAAAGGAGCGAGACUGAGAGGGCAACAGCAACAGUCAAACAACAUUGAACAUUCUUUUUCAAAAAUUGAAACCUUCUGGUUCGCUAACUUCACCCUGACCUCUUGCUCAUAUACUCAUCUCCCUCUCCCUUACUCAGCUGUGAUGAAGGACAGUAUGUGAAUUGGAAACCGGUCUUUCAUCAGGUAAUGACAAGUUGUGAUGAGUGUAGUAGCUCUUCCAGAAUUGGGGUCAAGGUAUAUGGUUGAGGUAUUUUAAUGGAAACUUUACUGUGUCUCUAACCCUGCGCAAUACCUAUCCUGGGAGUGUUUUAUGGGGACAAUGUAGAUGAACUCUGUAUCCAACUCAUAAUCAGAAGAAAUUCCCACUGGGUGUAAAAGUUGUGAUUCUAUUGAUUUUCUAUCGAAAACCUCCAAAUUUAACAAGCCACAGAAGACCCCAGAUUGUCAACAGUGAGAAAAGCAGGAAUAGUGCCUGCAAUGUGAUCUUUUCGUUUUGUGCAGAAUCACAGUGUGUGAUCUCUCCAACCCUUAACUUUUACCCAAAUUUUUCCCUUGAAACAUUUAAGUGAGAUUUGCUCCAUACCCCUGUUAGCUUCCUUUGGAAAUAAGACCAGGUGGCAUGAUCAUUGUGUGUUGUUUGAAUGGUGGUUGCAAUUGCCAAUUGCAGUGCCCAUACUUAAUGCCCGAUCAAAGAUUGGCCAAGUCAAUGCAAGUUUGAGAUUGAAUGUGGUAAAUCUGAGCCAGUAUAAUAUUGAUCAGUACAAUUUCCCCAUCCCCAAAGCCAUUUGCAGCGAGAAAGGAUGGGGAAGGGUGCACCCUUGAUUUUGGUACAAGCUGAAGUCCUCGGAAUGGUAAGACUGUUCUUGAGGUUUAUGUUUUGUGAGACAAAACAGAAAUUGCUUAUUGCCUUUCCAAAGAAAACAGACACAUUAAAAGGACAUACAUUUACUUAGCACCUUUCACAAUCCGAGGAUACCCAAAAGCACUUUACAAUCAAUGAAGUACUUCUGAAGUACAGUCACUAUUGUAAUGUAAGAAGCUUGCGCAUAGCAAGCUUCCACAGGUUAGUUUUAAUGAUGUUGGUUGAAGGAUAAAUAUUGGUCUAUGGCUCUCUUUCCUUCAAUGUGAGAUUGGAUCACAUGAUCGUUUACCUGAGAAAGGCCCUGUUUUAAGAUGUCACAUGAAAGAUGGCACCUCCGACAUUGCAGCAUUCCCUCACUACUGGAACUGGGUUAGAUUAUGUGCUUGAUUCCUUGGAAUGGGAUUUGAACUUACAACCUUUGGAUUCUAAGGUAAGGUAAGGGACCGAAAUGCUGAGGCACUGCUGAUACUCAGAAUUGCUGCAAUGCAACCACAUCUUAUGAAGCCACAGUUUAUGGUGGAAAGAUGUGUGUUGUUUGACUGUUUAUUGCGUUCAGUAGGAAUUAGUCUUUCUUAACAUUAUUUCACAAGUUGUCGUUCAUUGGUCUGAGGCAUCUUGUAACAGCAAAGAUGAACACUCAGGUAUGGAUUAAUUUUGGCAGAGGUAGGGCAGGGCAGAGUAGGGUUGAGAAAUAUUAAUUAGUUAAUUAAGCUUGAAAGAAUGAGGGGGUUGUGAUUGUUUCAUUCCCCCCCCCAAAGAAAUUGCACAACGUAUACCUAACACCUGCCUGCCUGACCAUUAUAAUAGGUCAGCCCAAAUGCCAAACAUUAGCACUAAACUACUUGCAGAGGGCUGCAACUUCACCCAUGAGCAAAGACACAGGAUUACAUGAUCAGUACAGAGACCAUUCAGCCCAUAAUGUCCAAGCUGUGUUGCUAUAGAGCCUCCUGCUGUUCCUACUUUCCCAUUGUAUCCCCACAGCUCUGCAAGCUCAAGUGCAGAUCCCAAUUUCAAAUCAUUUAUCAGAUCUGCUUCCAUCACCAUCACAGUAGGCAGCAAGUUGCAGGUAAUGUCCACCCUCUGUAUCAAACAGUUCUUCCUCAAAUCCCCUCUGCAUUGCUUGGCCAAGAUUUUAAAUUUGUGUCUCAUUUAUCCUGGUAUCAUCAGAGAAUGAGGAACAUUACCCAGUCUAAACCUGUCAGAACUUUUUGCAGCAAUGUCAAAUCUCCCCUCAAUGUCUUGUGCUCCAAGGGCAAUAAGCUCAUCUAAGAAUGAUAAGGCCAUUUGACCCAUGCCGACUCUGUAAGAACUGCUCAGCUGGUCCCACUACCCUGUAUUUUUCCUGUAGCCCUGCAAUUUUGGACCCCUCUUCAUGUGGUUUGCCCAAUUUCCCUUUGAAAGCCAUGAACAGUUUUACACAAAACAAUGGAAAGUCCUUCUCAUCCAAGGGGAGUAAAAUUAGAUACUUUAACAGUUCAGGAAUUAAGAAUUUUUGCACCCAGUUUCAGUUUUGGUGGAAAUUAGCAACCAAUUAUGAUUAUUGCUGAGAAGUGAGACAUGUUACCACACCACUCAACAGGAUAAAUGCAAGAAUGCCAAACUUUAGACAAUCACAACAGUUUACAUUACAGAAGAGUGUUGAUUGAUUAGCAAGUUGACUCUGACCAAGGAUUGACAUGGAGAAAGCAAUGAUGAAUGAUAAAUUUCCCCACAUUUCCUGGUAAUUCCAAAAAAAAGGCACAAGAAAGGAACAUGUUCCUAUUAUUUUCAGAGAACAAAUUCUUAUUUUUUCUUCAUCAUUGUGUUUACUUGAAAUUUGACAUUCUUGCAUUUGUCCUAAAGAGUGCAAGAUGAAAAGCUUUGGCAGUACGGAUUGGUCUUCUCAAGAGAUAUUUAAACGCUUAUGUACUUAAUCUAAGAAAGUGUGAUUCACAUUUAGAGAUUAAAGUCAUCCCCUUAAUCGGGCAGCUUUUACAACUGUAUUUUAAAAUGUUCAGUAUCUACUUUGCACCAGCAGAUGGUGGUUAACUGCAGAAUUUAUUUCUUGCUAUAACAUGGAUUUAGCCCUUAGACUGCCAUAGGGUCCAUGAAGUGUCCAGCCACCAGAGGUCAGUUUGUUUUUAGUAGCUAGAAAACUGCCAUUGUAAAGCUAUUCAGUGUCAGUUUUGUUUACUUAGGUGAUUCUGUAUAUUUCUUGCUGUGGUGGACUGAUCCUCUGAUCAUUCCUCUGCACCCUGCAAUCUCGUGCUUUCCACACUAGCUGCUUCCAGUUUCGAACUCAAGGAACCCAGUUUCUUGGCAAAAAAGAAUACAAGGUGGUUUCCCUUUGACUCCCUUAUAUGCUAAGAGGUAAAAUAAGACCUUUUUCCAAAAGAAUCCUUCACUUAUAGGUAGCUCUCAUCCCUCAAGGUGUCCACAGACAUGUCAUGCUAUAGAAGAGGCCAUUCAGCCUAUCAUGUCUCCACCCAGUUAUCCAAUCAGUAUUAUGAUUUAGUGUGAAUCUCCUAUUUUUUCUCAUACUCUUGUACA